ACACAACACGACAAGUUACGAUACGACACGGCGCGGCCCAAGCACUGCUGCUUCCCUACAGAGCACGAACCCCGACCCGAGAACGCAACGCAUCGAAACCCCACCCCCGCAAUGGACAAGUUUUCCCCCGCCCACGUCGGCGCGAACGAGCUCCCGGACGGCUUCACGCAGGUCAACCCGAACGGCGGGGGCGGUCCCGGAGGCAGCGAGGCCGACUUCAAGAAAGCGGCGAUCCAGGAGCAGAAGCAGAUGAUCCUGGAACAGGCCAUGGAUCUGCAGGCCCUGGCCCGGCUGGGGAGGAUCAGGCUGGUCAAGCCGGAAAAGGCCGCCGAGAUCGAGAACACGAUCGUCUCCAUGGCGAUGCAGGGCAAGCUCCCCGGGAAGAUCAACGAGGCGAAAUUGGUGGAGAUUCUCGAGCGGAAGAACCGACAGGACGCGAGGUCGUCGGAGGGUGCCUCCCACGGAAUCCAGAUCCAGAGGAAGCGAUACGCGCUGGACUCGGACGACGAGGAUGACGACGACGACGACAUUUGAUGCACGAUGCCUAGCGACAACUCCGUGUCCGUAUUGCACAGCCAUUCUGCCCGUGCAAACACAAGUCGCGGUACCGUCUGCCUGCUUGAAUCCCUGGCGGUCUACUUCGGAUUGUUGUUGUGCAAGCGUUCUUCGCUUCGGGCAGGAAAACAAGCAUCAAAUCCUGUUUUUGUCACUUCAACUAUCUCUCGUCACAAAACAAAAGGGAAAUAGGUACACACGACGAACGUUAAUUUAUAGAAAGGCAGAGA